AGUUGGUGUGCACAGUCCGCCUGGGGCAUUCGGUGUUCGACAAGUUUCUGUUCUCUGAAAAUUGCAAGGUGUUGAUGCUCCAUUGCCCCACCGCAUGAUGUAAGUCAGGCGUCAUAAUUAUUUUUGCGACUGAUCAUUGAACUGGACGAUGAGUUCAAAUAUGAGCAUCUUGCAGUCUCUGAAGUAUUCUUUCUCUACUCAUCUCAUAUCUCAAACGAUUCUCAAUCACACAACUCAACUACCAAUCUUCACCUUCCAACUCCAACCCACCACUACCACACUACAUCACAAUGUCCGGCACCGAACAGACCUUCCACUACACCAAGGAGGACGUCCGCAAGAUGGAGCAGCGUGACUCCGCUGCCCACGGUGGUAACGUCACUGCCGACUCGAACGCUUCUGCCAUGCAGUCCAUUGUUGACCAGGCCGACAAGAACAAGGCCGAGCUCAUCGAGGAGCGCCGCAGCAACCUCCCCAAGCCCGAGGACCCUCCCGUCAAGUCCGACUUCAACUCUGCCGACCCUAGCACCGUCAACGUCGGCUCCGGUGCCAUCUCCGGCGGCUUCUCUGUUGGCAACGAUGCUCUCCGUGAGCCCGCCACUGGUGACUCCGCCGUGAGGACCGACGGUGCCGCCUACGGUGUCAACACCCUUGGUCAGGGUGUCGGUCGUGAGGGCAAGGACGGCCUUAACGGUCUCCCCAACGACGCUGUCGCUCGUGAGGCCAAGGGCAAGUCGAACCUCGCCGACACCACCGGCAAGGACUACGGUUACCCCAAGAACGACCCCUCCAACGCCUCGUAAAGUGGCCUUGUGACGACUCUUUUUGAUGUCAGGAAAGUUAUUUUUCGCAGCCAUUUGGUGCAGGGCGCCACAGGAUAUUGGCUUGCAUGAGGGAUGA